UUAAAACGUUGGUUCCUACCCGGAGCCAAAUUUCAGCAGGACGCGGUUUCUUUCCGAUUGGCAACAUCAACAUGGUUUAGGGUGUGGUAAAUAGGAAUUACUGCUACAAGUAUCCCUUACAUAUUACAUUUAUCUUUAAAGCUAGCAUUCAAUCCGCAUGGUUCUGUGACGACUAUUGACGAGGGCCUUCAAAAACUUGUUCACAGAUUUAGGUGACAGACAUGGCUAGCAGCAGCAGCGUAGACAUGGACCCUGAUGUUGCUCGGAGGCUGUUCGAGGAGGGAGCUACCCUGGUGUUGCUCGGGGUUCCUCAGGGUACAGAGAUUGGCAUUGACUGCAAGAGUUGGCAGGUUGGUCCCCGCUUCCGGGGAGUUAAGAUGAUCCCUCCGGGGCUGCACUUCCUCAACUAUUGCUCUGUCAAUCCACCGAGCUGUGGAGGAGAAGUUGGUCCCAAGACAGGCAUGUUCCUCAGUCUCAAACCCAGAGACUUACUGCUGGCUAACUGGGACCCCAAAGAAGAGGAUCUGGAUUUCUCGGCCUCCCAGAACGAGGAGGAACUCAGCCGAAUCAGAGCGAAUCUCCAAGAUCUAGACCCAUACCUUGGACCCUAUCCAUAUGAGGUCAUGAGGAAGUGGGUGUCCCUCACAGACCGCCUGAGUGAAGAAAUGGCCAUCAACCUGCAACCCCUCUCAGGUCGAGUGUGUGCCUACAGCGAUGUUGUUCCUGAGACUCAUUUUAGACAUACCAAGGACCGUGUUGACCAACCGAGGAACGACACAGCCUGCCAGACCAUGAGGGAGGGUCUCGAAAGGCUCCCCAAGAUGAAGGAGAGAGAGGGGACACGGCUGCGGUUCUCUGUCCUCCCAGAGAAGACUUACCCUCCUGGGGCCACGCCAGCCCAGAUCACCCAGUGCAGCAUGGACCUCACCUAUGCCCUGGAGACUGUGCUUGAGAAGAGCCACCAGCAGAAGCCCCUGAACUUGCUGGGUGAGCUCCAAUUUGCCUUCGUGUGCUUCCUUAUUGGAAAUGUGUAUGAGGGCUUUGAGCACUGGAAGCGUCUUCUGACAUUGCUGUGUCGAUCGGAGUUGGCCAUGCAGAAGCACAAGGAACUCUACCUGGCGCUCAUUGCUGUGCUGUACCACCAGCUGGGAGAAAUCCCCCCCGACUUUUUUGUUGACAUUGUUUCUCAGAACAACUUCCUCACCACCACACUGCAGGACUUUUUCCAGUUCGCCAGCGGUUCUGGAGUUGAUGGUGCGCUCCGCAAGCGAGCGGAGAAAUUCAAAGCCCAUCUGACCAGGAAGUUUUCCUGGGAUUUUGAUGCAGACUUGGAUGACUGCGCCCCCGUCGUGGUGGAGCCACCUGAGGGUGUUACUAUGGACUGAGUUCAGGUAUUGAUAAUGAUUAGGACUGGGAAAGAUCAUUCAACACUAGAUGUUAGCCCUCACCAGAUGCGACACCACUUGUCUACAUGCCACACAUUGAGGAAACCUGACCUACGUGUCCUGUUCUGUUGCUUAGCUGUACACACCAACUAUGCCCCCUGCUGGUGGGUGGUAGUAACCCUGUUAAGCAUUUUUCUAAAUAACAUGUUCGCAUAGGAUUUAAGGGUUGUAAUGUAUUGAUAAAUGAUGCAACAUUCAUAAUAAAUAAUACAUGUAUGAUAACUAGUGCUGAAACAUAUGUAGUUUGGUUACACCGCAUACAGUGCAUUGUCUUUAACGCUACCACUCAUUCAAAUGGUUCUCCCUUUUAGAAUGCAUAAUCUAAGCUAUUACAGUGAAUUAUUUUGACUAAAUUAUCUGACGAGAUGUACUACAGCACGCAGACACGUCCACGUUGGUGAUGUCUGUGUUUAAAAACUGGUGUACUAUACUUCUGUCAUGUCAUUUAAAAAAUCUGCAAUGUCGCGAAUCGGCCACAGUAGGCUAUAAAGAACGCAUCGGGUCUCAAAACUCCAAAUGACAGAAAACAAGUAGCAGAUCAAUACAAUGAAAGUGUUUCAGUAAAUGAAAUUAUAUGCUGGGUCAAAGGCCAAAGAGGAACAUUUUAGGACAGUAUGUACUGUAGGUAAUAGCGAUAAUGCUAAUCUGCAUGGAAUCAGACUAUGUAGUUGCUGUUGGGUUUUGAUGCUGAACAGCAUGGAUACGUGGAAACAUGUUUUGUCAUAUCACUAGAGCCGGCCAUUCAAUAGUAGUGUCAUCUCUACUCCCCCCAGGUUUUUGUUUCUUCUGCUGUAUUUAAUUGCUUAAAUUACCUGCGAAAGUACAACCAUAAUGUAAUUAUCGGAAUGGAAAUAAAAUGAAUGUUGGGCAAAUUGCAUCCACGAGUACACAUGGGGUUAUAAUGCAGAUUGUGGUCCAGUAUCAGACCACAGGUUCUGAAUGUGGCUUAUUUUCCAGGAUGCAAGUAACCAGUUUGGAUCACAUGAUAGAAGACAUAGUAAACAGUAAUGAGCUUUUUCCAGUCUGAGGUUGAAAUCGGAUGAGUACGGUCUCCAGAAUGACCCCAGUGGGAUGUGUUUGGUGUGCCAGGCCCUCCUUUAGUGAAUGACAGUAAACAGCAAGAUGGCACAAUUAGGCCACGUAUAAUUACGUCUAUCUCUCUACUGAAGGGCAACGCUACAUUUGCAUUCACCUGACUGGGAGCUGGAGCAUGCCGUUCUAUUUGUCUGCCAUGAUGGAACUUAUUAUAAUAGUUGCACAAGGGGGCGGACCUACCAUUUGGCAAACACAGGCAUUUUCGUAGGCCCCCCAGAUUUCCAGGGGCCCUACUUUCAAACAAGACAGGAUAUGCUCAAAAAAUAGUAAUAGGCCCAAUUUACAUUUUUGGCUUCCAUUCUGAUUCAAUUGUAUUUUUUAUAGGUCUUCAAAGCAUUACUAAUAAUGCAGCCAAAGUAUUGCUGAAUUGACGUUUUUUUUUAUCACACAACCUGACCAACAGUAUUGUUGGGAUUUUGUAACGAAUCUCUGUCAGUCAGGUACCUAAUCCAGUGCUUCUCAAAUGGUGGGGGCAACUCUGCAGUUUGACUCUUGGAUAUGCUUGUAUUCUUCCAAGUUCUCAAUUUUGUUGGAAUUUCCUGAUUUCAGUUUCAAGUUAAGUCUGUACAGCACAGAUAAAUAAAUAGAUAUCAGUUCCUCAAUACUAUUUGAAAUCGGGUGUGUGCAAAACAUUUCUGUCGCCGAAGGGGGGCAUGACAGAAAGUAAUCCAAUCCUAAACCAAUAAAUGUCCAUCCAAUUAAGGAUACAAUUGUAAACAAUGGGGAUGCAAAAUACUUUUAGGGUCAUUUGACAUGGUUAUAGAUCAAUUUGUGGUGGGAUUUAGAAAUAUUACUUUAUUUUUUUAACACUCUCUCCAACUCUCUUAGGGGCCUAUGAAAUCAGCUUCAUUUUUCCCCAAAUUAACUUGUUUUACAAUGCCAUUUUUAUACCAUGUCGGAGUGUGGCCCAACUUUACAAAGGUUAUACGGCAAACAGAUCGGCCCGAUCUCAUUCUGAAAGCUGUUAUUAUCAGACCCUCCAAAUAUGGCCUGCCGAUCCGGGACACUUUGGUGCAGUUUGGGCUCAAUCAUAUUUGGAAGUUUGGUGUCCAGACAUACAGACAGGGCAGUUGGGGGUGCACUCAAAGGGAUUGCAGACAGACGCUCAAAGCAAAAGCAGUACACUUCUUUUGAGGCUUUGGCUGUGUUUGUUUAUCUGCCUCAUGUUCCCAUGCAGACUGACUGACCAGGGCCCCGUUUCACAAAGCAGGUUCAACCAACUCUGAGUCUAACCCUGAACUCUGAGUUGAUCUACUCUGAGACAGGAAACUCUGAGUUACGGGUUUCAGAACACGUGAUUUCAUUUGGUUCAAUCAACACAGAGUUUGUUCACUCUGAGUUAAGCGCGUGCACCACGACUUUAAAAAGCCCUCAUCAAUAGAGCCCCGUUCCCUCGAUUCACCAUGGCAACGAGUGAUAAGAAAAGAUCGUCAUAUUUCAGUCCUCUGGAACUGGAUAUAUUAAUGCGGUCAUACGGCGAAUUUGAAAGCGUUUUUAAAAAGAAAAGCAACAUUGAAAGCGUUUUAAAAAAGAAAAGCAACACGGCUGCAGCAGCAAAAGAACGCGAGUCGGCGUGGGACAAGAUUACUGCUCGAGUCAAUGCGUAAGUUUAAAUUUAUUAUAUACAUUUAUGCAAUCACAAUAAUAUUAGGCUACAGAUGCAAACAAGUAGAAUGGUGUUACAGCUACAAUUUAUGUCACUUAGAUGUAAUCCCACCGGCGAAAAAAGAACGUGGAAGCAGCUGAAGAUUAAAUAUAAAAACAUUGUUCAAACAGGUAAGCCCUCAGCAUAACAGUCAGGGUGCCUCUUUUUAAUCAUGUUUACCACUAAAUAUCAUUCAGCGGCUGUUUCAGUGUGCAUUAUCUCCAACAUAAUAUUGUUUUCACACACAUAAAUGUCCUCGCCUGUAUACAGUUAAAUCAG